UCGCGCAGGCUGGCUGGUUGCAACGGGAGCUGUCCUACUAGGCAACCUCCUGAAAUCACCUGCUUCUCCCCACCAUGUAAGAGCGAUGAGACCUCCAGCCACACCUUUGCAAUGGAGGAAGAUUUGUUCCAGCUAAGGCAGCUGCCAGUCGUCAAGUUCCGCCGGACAGGAGAAAGCACCCGAUCCGAAGAGGAUGCCGUGUCAGGAGAGCACGAAGUCCAGAUUGAGGGUGUCCAGACCGACUUAGAAGCUGUAGAGUUGGAAGAUGGAAGCAUUGUGCCAAAGGAGUUUGCCAACCCAACUGAUGAUACUUUCAUGGUGGAAGAUGUGGUGGAAGCAAUUGGGUUUGGCAAGUUCCAGUGGAAACUCUCCGUCCUGACUGGCUUAGCAUGGAUGGCUGAUGCCAUGGAAAUGAUGAUUCUGAGCAUCUUGGCACCUCAGCUUCAUUGUGAGUGGCGAUUACCCACCUGGCAGGUUGCGUUGCUCACAUCGGUGGUUUUCCUGGGAAUGAUGUUUAGUUCCACACUGUGGGGAAAUAUUUCAGACCAAUAUGGCAGAAAAACCGGGCUGAAGAUCAGCGUGCUCUGGACCUUGUACUACGGAGUCCUUAGUGGAUUUGCACCAGUUUACAGCUGGAUCUUGGUCCUGAGGGGCUUGGUGGGCUUUGGGAUUGGAGGCGUCCCUCAGUCGGUAACAUUAUACGCAGAAUUCCUCCCCAUGAAAUCCAGAGCAAAGUGCAUAUUGCUGAUUGAGGUCUUCUGGGCCAUCGGGACGGUCUUUGAAGUCCUCCUGGCAGUGUUCGUGAUGCCCACCCUCGGCUGGCGUUGGCUGCUCAUCCUUUCAGCUCUGCCUCUGAUGCUGUUUGCCAUCUUGUGCUUUUGGCUGCCGGAAAGUGCCCGGUACGAUGUCUUAACCGGUAACCAAGAAAAGGCCCUUGCUACGUUGAAAAGGAUUGCGACAGAAAACGGCGCCCCGAUGCCUCUGGGGAAGCUGAUUAUGUCUAGGCAGGAAGACCGAGGGAAAAUGAGGGACUUAUUCACACCGCAAUUCAGGCUGACGACGCUUCUGCUGUGGUUUAUCUGGUUCUCCAAUGCUUUUUCUUACUACGGCCUCGUCCUGCUGACCACGGAGCUAUUCCAAGCAGGAGACCUUUGCAGCUUGUCCAGCAGGAGGAAAACGGUAAAGGCCAAAUGCAGCCUAGCCUGUGAAUUUCUGACGGAGAAGGACUACAUCGAUCUGCUCUGGACCACUCUCUCCGAGUUCCCAGGGGUUCUUGUGACCUUGUGGGUGAUUGACCGGAUCGGCCGCAAGAAGACGAUGGCGCUCUCCUUCCUGGUCUUCGCCUUCUGCAGCCUUUUGCUCUUCCUCUGUGUCGGGAGGAAGGUGCUCACCGUGCUGCUCUUCAUCGCCAGGGCUUUUAUUUCGGGAGGGUUCCAGGCCGCGUAUGUUUACACCCCUGAGGUCUACCCAACCGCCACCCGCGCCCUGGGCCUGGGGACAUGCAGCGGAGUGGCCAGAGUUGGUGCCCUGAUCACACCCUUCAUCGCCCAGGUGAUGCUGGAGUCUUCGGUCUAUUUGACGCUCAUCGUCUACAGCGGGUGCUGUAUCCUGGCAGCUUUGGCCUCCUGCCUGCUUCCCAUCGAAACCAGAGGCCGCGGCCUCCAGGAGUCCACCCAGAAGGAGUGGGGGCAGGAGAUGUUUGGGCGUGGGGUCCCCCAAUCGAACUCUGGCUCCCAGGGGUGAUUGCCCCACCUGGAGGAAGUCAACACCCCCAACACCCGAGAAGUGCAAUAUCUCACUACCAUCCUUGGCCCAAAGAAGGUUCCUUGUUACUUGCAUCUUCACCACCCCCGUGUGCAAGGAGAGACAUUCCAUCUGGGAGAUGAAAGUGUGUUUGUGUGUGCAUUGAAGAGGAAUGUGGUGUCACCAUGGAAAGAUCUAGCCCCAAAUUUCUUCACGGUGGACAUUAGACAAGAGGAGAACCAAGUUUUUGUUCCGGUUGCCAAGGGAACUUCUCCAUCUCACACCAAGCAAUUACCAUGCCUUCAAGGACUCCAUUCUUCACAGGGCAGCUCUUGUCUUCAACCCUGAGAAGCAAACGGGCCCAUGUGUAUGUGUACUCACGCCUAGAGUAGCUCAAAGGCGCUUGUGAAUCGAUCAGCAGCCUUGCACUCUUUCUAUCAACCCUGAACUGUCAAGGCCCACAAGCCGCUAAUUUAGCUGAAUCUCCUUGGCAACUGGGAUUGUGAAGGUGGACAGGCGUUCGGAUAAACGCUGUUCCUCUCACCGACGGAGAACUUCCUUGGAUAUUGAAGUCAAUCCCGCAAAAAAAAAGGAAAUUUGGAAACACGGCAGUCGGUUAGGACUGCCCCAUUUCCAAAGGAAGGUUGUGCCGCAGGAAACGCCCACGCAGGUCACCCAGAGACUGAAUCAUUUUUCUCAGGAGGCAGGAAGAGGGGGGGAAAGUCUUGUAGGUUUAGCAAAUGGUGCGUGGUGAGGUCAUUACAGGGGAAAAAAAUUCUCUCUUGAAUUUAGCAAAAUGGAAGGGAGCAGAUUCUGUCAGGUCAAACUAGAUCCCUUCUUCAUGCAACUCAGAAUGUUGAUGGGUUCAUAUCCACGUUCCCCAACAGAGGGGUUCUUAAGAAUGGGCGCAUGCCCCAGUGGUGGUCCUCCAGAGACAUCCAGCUUCACCCUCUCCUUUCUGUCGCUGGUCACCCCACAAACGCCAAAGGUUCGUAGGGAGGAAGAGGACCCCGUUCCUAGACCUUCCUCCUCCUUCCUCCCCCUCUUCUUCUCCGCCAUGCCUAGAAGUCCCUGGGCGGCUCAGCUAAGGGGGAAAAACAUCCUGUGGACUGGGAAGGGGGUAUUUAAGGAGGCUGUCAUAGCUACGAUGUGGGUUGUGUGCAGCUGUGCCAGAGGCUCAUGCGGGCAACUUCUGACAUGCAGCGGCGUCUACUAAGAUGGUUUAAUUGUGCGACCACUCGCGCUUGACCUCUGAAGAAUUCUCUUAUCUUCUGGUGGGUCUGAGUGGCUUUCUGGGGUACGGGAGCUUUAGCAACUGCUACUUAAAAACUGUAGGUAAGUUCUGUUCGUUGUGCAAAUUACUUGUACAGCUAGCGCAGCUCCGUGGGUCCGACACAAUAAUGGCGACGAUCGAAAGAGAGGUGGUCUCUUCCAAACCCCAUCACAGGCUAUUUAAACCGAUUAGAUUUUUCCCUGGCGAUGCAAACCGAUUUUGCAAGCUUCCGAUUGUUGAGCCUGGAAAUCUGCGCUGUCAUUUUUUUUUCUCCCCCCCCCCCCCUUUUGACAAUAAGUUUUGGCCUCCUCAUCUCCGAGGAGCAUUCUAAUACCAGAAAUUCACCAACGUAUGUAACGAAGAUAGGGCUCUACACACAUCAAGGUCUGUGGGUGUGUUCAUUAAAAAAAGAAGAAGAAGGAACAAUACCGUUUGACAUUGAGUUGUGGUGUUUGGGACUCUUGAGGGGGGGGUCUCCAGUUCCUUAACUGGCAAAGCUUUGGGGAGAGCUCGCUGUAUAUGCUGUGUGGGACGGUGUCUGUACUUGUUGGGGGUCGGAGGGGAAUUUAUUUCAGUGUCUGCUAUGUUCGGAUGUACAGUUCCUAACUGUGACGCGUGACGAUUUCUGUAUCCUGGGCUUUUCAUGUACUAUAUUUUCAUCCGUCUCCCGUCAAUUACACACCAUUAGGCAGUGCAAUUCCACCCUGGAUAUUUUAUGUUGAAUAAACAAGUAGUUUUUUCCAUAAGGAGGAGGAUUAAUGGCAUUCUCACUCCCUCAAAAGUAGAAUUGCGUCCAUCCAAAGCGUCAGGCUGAGAACUCACCACGGCUCUGGUGCCCUUAGGGCAGUGGUUCCCAAACUUGGCAACUUUAAGACUUGUGGACUUCAACUCCCAGAAUUCUCCAGCCAGCUCUGCAAGUCUUAAAGUUGCCAAGUUUGGGAACCACUGCCUUAGGGGAACAUCUUCUCUGGAGCUGCAAAGCCCAGAAUGAGAAGCUGGAACCCGUGAAAAGCCGCUGGAGAUGGGUGGAAUUCAUUCAGACGGACAAUCUCAUUCUACGUAAUGAGCUUGCUUGGAAUCAGCCUCAUAUUUUUGUAAGAGCUAAAAAAAAAGAGGUUAGCUAAGAAAGUAAUUAAGUAAACAUAAAUAAAGGCUCAAUCAAACCUGCCUUCAAAGUAUUUUGUACGUUUUAACAAGAGGAGAACUCCACUAGAGACCAGAAGCAAAGAGAAUCUAGAUUGUAGCUGUGAUUGGAAAAGAGGAAGCGUAAGAGAAAGUUGUGUGAACCCACAGAGCAGGAGGAGGACCGACUUCUUGCU